GUGUGCGGGGUGGGACAGAAGAUCCAAGAACCUGGGUUGGCUAAACAUCAACUCUAUAGAGGUCUAAAGGGACUCAAAGUCAAAAGCGCAAAGUGAAGAUGUAGUAAAGUCACAUACAUUCCACACAAAGCAAAAUGAGCGACCUGAAAGUGAGACGUGAGCUGCUGAAUGGGCCGAAGAACAGCCUAAAGAUGAACUCCUCUGGGGUAAAGGGCCUGAUUCGACAGUCUCUGGAGGCCAAGAGCUUCGCUUACUGCCCCUACAGCAAGUUCAGAGUAGGGGCUGCCCUCCUGACCCGUGAUGGGACGGUGUUUACAGGCUGCAAUGUUGAAAAUGCCUGUUACAACCUGGGAAUCUGCGCAGAGCGGACUGCCAUCUCCAAGGCUGUGUCAGAAGGCUACAGAGAUUUCAAAGCUAUUGCAAUAGCCAGCGACUUGUGUGAGCAGUUCAUUUCCCCGUGUGGAGGCUGUAGGCAGUUCAUGAGAGAAUUUGGUGCCAGCUGGGACGUGUAUUUGUCCAAGCCAGAUGGUUCCUAUGUGGAGAUGACCGUUGAGGAGCUGCUGCCCGGGUCCUUCGGGCCAGACGACCUAAAGAUGAAGAAGGUUCAUUCUCUUCCAUAUGAAUUUUAAUGACCUCUGUGAGAAAAUAGAGGGGAAAUGGCGACAAUGUCAGGAGAAGAGCAACGUAAAGGUGCAAGUGAAGCUACGUGUCAGUGGUAUGGACACCAAGCUUUCGUUGCUUAAAGGGGAACUCUACUGACUUUUAAAAAAAAUCUACAUAAAUAAGUGGUUGAGAUGCAAGCAAAGCCACCCAGAGCGGUUCGGUGGGAAAUGCUCUGCUCUAGAGUAACUUGCUGAGUCAGAACUGUUCACAGUGGUGGUGAUAGGAACCAGACAUCCACUUUUAAAAGCUCUCUCACACAAAGUUAAUGCAUUAAAUGGUUAGAUAGAUGCUGCCUGAUAUCCAGCACAUUGUUUUAUGAUACUUUCAUGAUUAAGUUUUGGCUUAAAAAGUAUUUUAAUCCAUUAAUGGCGGAGGGGUACU